AUGAAUUCUUUUAAGAUUUGCUUAGUUGGAGAAUCUGCAUCAGGAAAAUCCUCAAUUCUUAGUAUUUUACAAAAUAAACCAUUUAAUUAAAAUAUUUCCUAAACUAUUGGUUGUGAUUAUUGGAGGUAUACUUAAGAGAAUAAAAGUUUUGAGAUUUAUGAUACUAGUGGAUUAGAUAAAUUUAAAUAUACCACCAUAAAUAGCAUGAAAGGCUCUAACCUAAUUAUUAUUUGUUUUGAUUGUUCAUCGAAUAAGGUAGAUUAGCAUGUGGAAAAAUGGUUGAAAAUUGUUAGAACCUAUAAAUCAGUAACUCCAAUAAUCUUUAUUGGCAAUAAAAUAGACAAGCCAAUAAAAUAGGAAAGUAAAUAUAUCAAUAGACUAAAUCAAUAUUAUCCUUUUUACUUUACUUCUUCUAAAGACUCUCAAAAAGUGAAAGGUGUUUUUAAUGAAAUAGUUAAUCACAUAAUUUAAAGCAAUUUAAUUGUUGAAAGAGUAUAAAUAAGACCGAGGUAAGAUGAUUAAAUAAAGAGCAGUUGGUGUUGCUUUUGCUGA